AUGGAAGCUGGUGCCAAGAUAGAAAUAAUAUCGAGGGAGUUUGUCAAACCCUCAACUCCAACCCCCGAAGAAAAGAGAGAGCUUAAACUGUCGUUUCUUGAUCAACUUCAAGGGCUUACUUUUAUUCCUUUUCUUUUCUUCUAUCAAAAUGAGCAGCCUGGAGUUGAGUCAAAAUCCGAAACAACAACAACCACCCUGCGUUUAAAGCAGUCUUUGUCGGAGUGCUUAACCAAGUUCUAUCCCUUAGCAGGCCAGCUCAACCCGGAUGAUCAUCAUGUUUCCGUCAAAUGUGAUGACUCUGGAGCACUGUUUAUUGUAGCCAAGCUUGAUGUUUCCCUCUCAGAAGCUGUCCAGAAUCCGUCUCUUGAGAGUUUUGCGCAAUACUUGACAUUUGAGCCACUUUCCAAUGAUGUUACAUUGUUGGGCAGUUACCCGAAAAAUGAAAUACUCCUAGCAGUACAAAUCACUUGGUUCAGCUGCGGAGGAAACGCCAUUGGCUACCUGCUCGAAAUCAUCAACUGUGGUACCCGAUUCGAUGCAGGAAGGAACCUUUUUCCUGCACCUGAGAUUCCUAUCUGCCCCCCUCAGAUUGAUGUGCAAGGGAAAGAAAAGUACGUGUAUAAGAAACUUGUGUUCAGCAAGGAAAAGAUAUCAGAAUUGAAACAACUUGCAAUUGCUGCUUCCUCCUCCUCCUCAUCAUCAUCAUCAUCAUUGGUGUUGAAGGAUCCCACACGGGUAGAAGUCAUUUCUGCUUUCAUCUGGAACCACUUGAUCAAUGUGGCACGAGCUAAGGAUCAAGCUGUUGGCGGUAAUGAUGACAAAACAAUGUUCAGGAUCUGGAAUUCUGUGAACGUAAGAACAAGAAUCAGUAGCUUGAAUUCUUCUUCUUCUUCUUCUUCUUCUAAUGACUUCCCUUUUGGCAACUUUUCAAUUGUCGCGAUCGCUUCCUUCACUCCCCCCGAUGAGAUUACUGCGGGAAAUCCCGAUUACUACCGUGAUCUAGGUUCGGCUGAACUGGAGGUGGAUAUGCAGAAACCAACCAUGAAGAUAAGUGAUAGGGUUAUCACCAGUUGGUGCAGAUUUCCGAUAUAUGAAGUGGAUUUUGGUUGGGGCAAACCUGUUUCGGUUGGCCCGGCGUCCAGUAAGGCACCUGCACCUGGGGUUCUGUUAUUUGGCACAAGAUGCGAUGACGGAAUUGAAGCAGUACUUACCGUGUUAGAAGAUGAAUUGUCUUUACUUCCGGAUAAGUUUCUUUCACUCGCAACAACUAAUUUCUUUUGA